CUAUCUUAAACAACACACAUAAUGAGGGUAAUUGAGGGAGAGGGAAAUUAAAUGAGUUUUGAUGAGAAUGGAAUUAAAGAAGCCUCUUAUUGCUGCUAUUAUUGUCCAAAUCACUUAUUCUGGGAUGAGUAUUUUGGCAAAAGCUGCUUUUGCUUCUGGUAUGAACAAUUUUAUUUUCAUUUUUUACAGGCAAGCUUUUGGAACUCUCUUCCUAAUCCCUCCUACCAUCAUUUUCAAAAGAAAAGAAGUAGCAUGUUUAUCAGUUGGAGAGAUGUUCAAGAUUUUCAUGCUGGCCUUACUAGGGAGGACGUUGGUUUUGAUAGCUUAUGGGUUAGGUGUUAAAUAUACAUCUGCAGUUUCGGGUGCUGCAGCAUUUAAUUGUCUUCCUGUCACCACAUUUUUAUUUGCUCUUAUUCUAAGGAUGGAGAAAUUAAAGGUGAGAAAAGCAAGUGGAAUGGCAAAAGUUGGAGGCCUAAUGUUAUGCAUUGGUGGUGUUUCAGUACUUGCAUUUUACAAAGGGCCUCUCAUGAAGCCUCUUUUCAAUUAUCAUUUUUUAGAAACCCACCAAAAAUCUGAUGCUUCUUCUCUCCAAAACACAUGGGCUCUUGGUUGCUUUUUGCUUCUCAUUUCUUCCACCUCUUCAGGCCUCUGGCUUGUUCUCCAGGCAUUGGUUUUGAAGACUUGUCCAUCUCCACUUGUGUUAACGUGUGGACAAACAUUGUCAAGCACUUUCCAGACAUUUGUUGUAGCAAUUGCAGUCGAAACAAAUCCUUCGCAAUGGAGACUGGGUUGGAAUAUUCGUCUCCUUGCCGUUCUUUACUGUGGAAUUUUUGUGAUAUGCACUGGGAACUAUUUGGCAUGUUGGGUCAUCAAGAAGAAGGGUCCUGUUUUUCUGGCUGCUACAACUCCAUUGAAUCUUAUUGCUACUCUCAUUGGUUCACAGUUUUUACUAUCUGAUGCAAUCAGCUUGGGAAGGCAAACUGUUGGGACUCUUGUCUUACUGCCCCCCACCAUAUAUUUCAAAAGAAAGGAAAUGGCAUGUUUAUCAGUAGGAGAUAUAUGGAAGAUUUUCAUGCAGGCAUUUUUGGGGUUUACAUGGGGUUUGAAUACCUAUGGGUUAGGAGUUAAGUAUACAUCAGCAACUUUGGGUGCUGCAGCCUUUAAUUGUGUUCCUGUCACCACAUUCUUCUUUGCUCUUAUUUCAAGGAUGGAGAAAGUAAAGAUAAGGAAAUCAAGUGGAAUGGCAAAAGUUGGAGGCAUGAUGUUGUGCAUUGCUGGUGUUGCAGUUCUUGCAUUUUACAAAGGCCCUUAUUUCAAACCACUCUUCAAUUUUCACCUUUUUCAAACCCAUCAAUCCCACGUUUCUUCCCAGAAAACAUGGAUUCUUGGUUGUUUUUUGCUUCUUGUUUCUACCCUUUCAUGGGGUUUGUGGUUUGUCCUUCAGGCUUGGGUUUUGAAGACUUGUCCAUCUCCACUUGUGUUAACGUUUGGACAAACACUUUCAAGUGCCAUUCAGUCAUUUGUGGUGGCUAUUGCAAUUGAAAGAAAUCCUUCUCAAUGGAAGUUGGUUUGGAACAUUUGCCUCAUUGCUAUUCUUUAUUGUGGAAUUUUUGUAAUUUGCAUUGCAAACUAUUUGUCAAGUUGGGUGGUAAAAAAGAAGGGUCCAGUUUUCCAAGCUGUUACCACACCCUUCAAUCUCAUUUUCACACUCAUUGGCUCAGAAUUUCUUUUGAAUGAUGGAGUUAGCUUGGGAAGUAUAAUAGGUGCCAUGUUGCUGAUCUUGAGCCUUUAUAGUGUUUUAUGGGGAAAACGGAAGGAAAUGAGUUGCCAGGAUACAGAAAACAAGACUGAUUCUGUUUCAAUGGAAAAGGAAAUGUUAGAUCACAUUUGAAUUUUGUAGGAUAUGUAAUUGUUGAUGUUCGUAUCAGUUGACUUAUACUUAACCAAGUUAUUAUACUAGAAGCGACUCGUUCGUAUUGGGAACCACC